UGAUUGCACGUUAAAGUGGAGGAGGAAAAAAAAACAGCAGACAGACAAGCAGAAAUGGCCAAAAUUAAAAUAUGUCACAAUCCAAACUAACUUUGUAGAUUGUAGUCAAUGUAAACGUCUGAAUUCUAAAGAAGAUUUAGAUUAGUUGUGCUGUGUGCUACCAUGGAGAACUGGGUGCCCAACCCUAGAGCCAAACCAUUUGUUCCCAAGUUUAAGUAUAAGCUGAGCCACCAGCGAGGUAUUACAAUAGGAAUUCUGACAGGAAGGCGAUGUGUUGGUAAAUUUUGUAAGGCUGGUCUUCUUGUGGUAUUACUUCUGACUAUUGGCAUCAAUCUUUUGUAUAUUUUUGACACAAGUACAAAACUGAAUCGCAAUGUCUCCACAGAAAAUAAUUUACUUCAAGAUGGUUCAAAAGACAAUACAUAUAAUAAUCAACUACGUUCAAUCGUCAUUGAUGUAACAUCUAGCAGAGAAACUGUAUUUGUGGCAGUGGAUGGAACAACUGUUCUUGAAGAUGAAGGCUUUGAUAAGAACAGAGGGAUUCAUGUUAUCAUUCUUAGCCAGUACACUGGCAGUGUCAUGGCUAAAAGAGUUUUUGAUACCUACAGUCAGCAAGAAGAUGAUGCCAUGGUACUAUUUCUGAACAUGGUGUCUGAUGGAAGAAUUCUUGUUUUUGCUAUUAAGGAUGAGGGAACAUUUCAGCUGAAAAAGCCUGCUAGAGAUUUGCUCAAGUCACUAAAAAGUGAUAAUGCUUCUGUCCUUGGUUAUAGAGAUACUUGGGCAUUUGUGGCCAUCAAGAAAGGUAAAAAAUUGGGAGAGAAACACAACAAAGCUGCCAGUAUAGAUGUUUGGGCAGAAAAAGUGGAGUUGAAAGUAGAAGUCCCACUUAUGGCUGCAAGAGAGAAUGAAUGCCCUUGGCUAGAUAAUGAUGAAGGUCAACGCCGAAAAACUUUUUGUAGUAAGGUGGAAGGUUACGGCAGUGUCUGCAGUUGUGAUGGUCCAGCACCAAUCUCUUUCAAGCCAGAAACACUGCAUAAUAAUGAAAUCUCAGACAUUCCAGUAGCUGUCAUAGCCAGUGACAGACCUCAUUAUUUAUAUAGAAUGUUACAGACUUUACUUUCAGUUCCUGGUGCCAAUCCCAAAAUGGUGACUGUAUUUAUUGAUGGAUACUUUGAAGAGCCCUACGCCAUUACUAAGCUAUUUGGAUUGAGAGGAAUUCAGCACACACCACUGGGACUGAAGAAUGCUCGCAUUUCACAACACUACAAAGCUAGCUUGACAGCAACAUUUAAUUUACACCCUAAAGCUCAAUAUGCUAUAGUUGUGGAGGAAGACCUAACUGUGUCACCAGAUUUUUUUAAUUUUUUUAGUCAGACGAAACACUUGCUUGACGAGGACCCUAGUUUAUAUUGCAUUUCUGCUUGGAAUGACCAGGGCUAUGAACAUUCAAGCAAGGAUCCAAAAAUGCUGUAUAGAAUUGAGACCAUGCCAGGUCUUGGUUGGCUGCUAAAAAGAUCUCUUUAUAAAGAUGAAUUAGAACCACAGUGGCCAACCCCAGAAAAGCAAUGGGACUGGGACAUGUGGAUGAGGAGUGCAGGAGUCAGAAAGGACAGGGAGUGUGUCAUCCCAGAUAUAAGUAGAACAUACCACUUUGGUUCCAAGGGACUCAACAUGAACCCUUACUUCCAAGAAAUGUACUUUAAGAAACACUCCUUGCUAACAGAAGGUUUGGUCCAGUUGAAAGAUGUUGAUAGGAUGAAGAAAGAUGAGUAUGAGAAAUUGUUACUUGAACUGAUUGGACAAGCUCGACCAAUAGAUCAUAGUAAAAAUCCAUGCAAUGAAGACUUUAUUCCUAAUGAUUUGCCAGAGGGCACCAUUCUAUCGGUCUACAUCAAAAUGGAGAAAGCCACAGACUUUGCCUCAUGGAAAAUGAUAGCUAAGUGUCUACAUUUGUGGGACUUGGAUGUUAGAGGGUUUCACAAAAGUAUGUGGCGCCUGUUCCUGAAAAAAUAUCACAUCAUCAUAAUUGGUAGUCCUGCAUCCCCAUACUCAACAUCUAAACCUUCCAGCAUUGAGCCAAUCACACCAACUCCAGAGCCAGUAGUUAAAACAAAGAGCUAGUAAGAACUUACAUUUAAAAACAAUUCUUGAAUGUUAACCUGUUUACAAAAAUAUUUGUUUUUGUGAUCAAGUAUGACUCAUUCUGGCAAAAUUUAUUUUAUUCUGAUAUUGCUUUUUUUUUUUUCAUGUUUUGAUGUACUCUAGUUUGUUCAUAAUGAAAAGUUUUCAAGAAAUUUGUGUUUAUUUGUAAAUCUUAAGUUAAUUUCUUGAUUUUAGUUUACACUAUGCCUUGCAUAAAAAUGAAAGGAAAGAUAACCUAUCACAUAUAUUGAUAGCUUUUGGAACAGGCAUACAAAUACUUUACCUUCAUUCAUGUACCCCAAUGGCUUUUUUAAAAAUUGUUUAUCUCAUUUGACCAGUUUCCAUUAAGAUUCCAUUGGUCAGAAUAGGUCACACUUUACUAAUGAUUCUGAUAGGAAACAACCAAUAUGUACUUUAUAGUGAGUCUGUGAUACAGUUAAAUGUUCAGUUUUUUAUACUUACAAAUAUGCAUAAUUCAAUGCUCUGUACUUAUUUUAUUCUAAUUAAACUUAGUAAACUACUAAUAAGAAGUACACUGGAACUGCAGUAACCUUUUAUAACAAUUCUUGGUAUAAAACACUUACUUCUUUCGUCUCAAUUAAAGCCUUUCAAGUUAACAAAGAUGAAUACGCUCACUCUAGUAUUACAUCCUGCUGAAGUUGGUCAAAAGAAAUGAAUGUUAUCAAGAUGACACUUUUGAUCAAUUUGGAAAAAUCUGCACAAUUGAGAUUUUUUAUAUGACUUUAUUUCUAAGCAUAAAAAAUAACAUUUUUAUCACAUAAAGCGUUUUACUUUUUCCAUUAGUUCAUAUAUUUGUUUAGCUAUAUAUUUGUGUAUUAUACAUUGUUUUCUGCAAUUUACUGAUAAUUCUUCAGUGUUAAAAAAUGACUUCCAUUUAAUUUAAAGCUUUAUAAACUAAAACAAAUGUCAUUCAAUUUCCAUGAAAAGUUGUGUCAUUUUUGUUACUCACUUAUUGUACAUAUGGUUUUCUUGAUACAUUUUCAAUUGAAUGAUCAUUUUAAACCUAUUGUUAUUCUUAUUCUUUGAUAGCAUUUGUGAUUUAUUGAAAGUUUAGUCUGAUAUUCAGAUUGCAGCCUAGUUCAGUUGUAUGAACUGCUGUAGACCAUUUAAUAUGAAUCUGUUGAGAUGUUUCAUGUGAACAAUUUAGAAUACACACAAUGAACAUUAUUGAAAUAAUAGUUCAUUUUAUACUUGUUCGAUUUGGCCACUGUGAAUAGCAGCACAUGUUUCUUCAUGAAGCCCUUAUAAACCUGGCUUAUAAGAACCAUAGAAAGUGUUAUAUGUUUGACUAGUCAUAGAGCUAGAAGUUAGGAGAAACAAACUGGAAAACCUAUUUUUGACCAUUUCAUCAAGAUGUCAAUGUGAGUAUAUAAUACUUGCUACUUUUGAUGUAAUCAAAGUUUUCAAAAGAAAUAUUGGUGCCUGGGAUGUAAUAUAAUAUUGUACAGAAAAUGUACUAUGACUGUAAAUGACAAAGUUAAGAUUGAAAAAAAAUGUUCCUUUAUAUUGAGCCUAAUAUAUAUAUAUUUAUAAUGUAUAUCUAUAUAAAUAUAAGCUAUUUGUAAAGUAUGAAAAGGUAUAAACAGUUCACAUAAGUGUGUUUGUAUUGAGAAAGAUUAGGUGUCUUGACCACCUUCAUUAAUAAACUGAUACCAAUUUUUUAUCUGUUGGUAUGAAAUAAUAUAAUUGUGCAAACAUUUAUUUGUACACUUUUUUUUUUUUUUGAAUGAAAUGUAAUUUUUUUUUCUUCAACUAGCAUAUUUUAUUUAUUAAUGUUGUCAUGCCAUUCAUAUAAAAAAUUUAUAUAAAUAAAAAUAUACAUUAUGGUUGUCUGAUGUCAAGUGGCCUGCACAUUAUCCAAUACCCUUUACUUUCCCAAACUAACGUGUGGACUCAGGGCUGUCCUAAAAAUCCCAAUGUUCAAAUUCUAGUCUUCACAGAGAUUCAAUUUUAUGACCCUUGUUUCAGUUUACCACUUGCCACCAUGCUUCUCUUUACUUAAGCAGCUGAUUGCUUAUAUUAAAAGGAAUGUUACUAAAAAUAUGAAUUAUUAGUUCUGCUUAAUAGUUCUUUAGAUGCCUUUCAUGAUGUACAAAACCAAUGUUCUAGAUUUCAUAGUCCAUGCAGUCUAUUUCAGUAAAUUUGACCAGUUGAGGAGGCAAUCAUUUCUGUGCAGCAAGUUUUAAAAUUCUCACAAGCAUCAAUGGCAGCAAUGUUAUUUUUUGCUUUCCCUCCUGCAUAAAAGUAUCAGUGCAUAUUCUGACAUGCACCAACAUAUUAGGGUCAUCAAUGUCAGGUCUUCUGUUACUGUCUUGUGCACCAACUUUUUAAGGUCAUCAAUGUCAGGUCUUCUGUCACUGUCUUAUGUUUGAAUGUGAGACAAGCAAUGAUUUAGUUUGGUUGAAAUACUUAAUGGGUCAUUGAUCAUUUGUCUUAAUAUAUGGAUUUAACUAGUUUGAAACAUGUUUCCUUAAAUGUGAACAUAAAGAAUUAUAGGUUUGAUCAUUUAAAUUUUAAAGAAAUUUUUUUAAGUGCUAGUUUUUUUUAUAAAGAAAGUGUUUUCAUGAAAGUUGCUAAUGUAUAUGUAUACAUAUGGUAAACAAAAUUAGGGUUACCAGAUAACUGCACACCCACAGGAGGAGGAAAUCUUACAAAUUAGGACAAAAAAAAAACACUUAGUACUAUUUAAUAUCUUGAUUUCUGUCUUCAAUGUAUUUGAUGAAAUAUGUCAGUGUCAUAGGCUGUUUAACUAAAAUAUCCCACUUUCUCAGAUAUGUCUCUCAAAGAGUCAAUGGAGGGUUUAUUUCUUAUCUCAUGUGCAUUGAUCAGCCAAAAUCUGUUGUUUUUUUUCAACUGUGAUUUGGCUUAUAAGUUUCAAACAUUCCUUUCGAAAUGAAGAUUAUUGUGGCAGAGGAGGAUGUCCUUAGGGGUUCAAACUCAGUACUAGUGUGCAUGGACUGACAACCCAUUCUGGUUACAAGGUGAAAAGUAAGUCUGGUGAUGCCCCCCCAAAAAUGUACAUAUCUUGAGGAGCGCAGUGUUACAGGUUUCUUUUGAACAGCCAUGUAAAUAUACAGAUCUGAUCAUAAUGGAGAGGAUCCUUCUGCCAUUAAUAAGUAAGUUAGUGUGAUUAAACCAUAAGAUAUGAAGGAAUGAAUUGGAUUGAUGUAUAUAAGUAAAAUGUUAAGCUCGACACUUUCACACAUGCUGGUUGUAGGAAUCUUGUAACUCUUAGCCAAAUAAUAUUUAUGUGUUUUUUUAUAUAAAUGUUCAAUUAUCAGAUGCUGAAAAGUUGGCAUUUAGUGAAAACUGCUGACUAAAUUUUAAUGUUUCAACAAUGAUCCUCUACAUAAAGCUUUAAUAAUUUCAUGUGUACUUUCAUAGAUAUCAGAUAUCCUUGUGAUCUUUUCUAAUAGACUUACUUGUAUACACUCAGGCUUGAAAUAAGUGAAACUGUCUUUGUUUUUGUACCUUGAUAUGGGUAAUGUUUGAUAACAGAUUUUCUCAAAUGAAUGUUGAUUUGUAAAACUUAACGCUUCUACUUGUUUAUAUUAUAUAUAUAUAUAGAGAGAGAGAGAAAUUUUACAUGAAAAUAGUUUCUAGUGAUUCAUUUUCAUUUAUUUUAUGUAUUUAUUUUAUUAAUUUAUGCUUGUCAAUAUGGUGGGGCUUUCAACAAUAUCGGAAAACAUAUUCUGCAUUGAUUAACAUGAUAAAAUAAUGUUCAUUGAUCCUUACAACAAGAAAUGUUAUGUGAACACAAAAUUGUUCUUCAAAAUAAAAAGUAAUAAUUAACUUUCAUACAGUCAAGAAUGGUUACUCUGGUAAAUUUGUCACAUGCCAUUUUAAAAGAAAAGAUUGGGACUCUUGUAUUUAUUGAUUAGUAGUUGUAGUGUCAUUGCUGAUACCAGAGAUUAAUGUUGAUAUUUAAUGGAGAUACAAAUAUUUGUCUAAGUAAAUAAUAAAAAGAAGAGAAAAAUAAUUAAGUGAAAGAAAAUUAGUUCAAGUAUGGAAAAUACAAUUUUAUGAAGUAAAACAAAAAAUUUUUGUAUUGUUCAAAUUAAAUUUUAAAAACCAAAACUGAAGAACAUUACUUACUUCAUUUUUUCAGAAAUCUAAACUAAGACUGAAGUAAUGAUAGAGUUGCAUUAAAAGAAAGAGAAAUUUAUAAUUCUGAAACUGAAUAAAUUUUAAAAUGUUCAUUCAUUUGUAUUAAAUAAACACUAAGGAUAUAUAAAGAAAAACAAUUAUUUUUUAAAUGCUAAGAAUUAAAGCUUAAAAAGUAUUUAUCAUCAAAAAUUGUCCCUAUUCGAUAUUUUGGCCAGGAGGAAUAAUUAUAAUAUCUGACAGUAAUCACCUAAUUCAAACCUUGCUCGUUCAGUCAUAUACAUUCCUUAGUGUUUUGAUGAAUAUCAUUUGAAUAAGAUUAGAACAAGAAAUGGUCUAUUACCUUAUAGCCUUAAUCUCUCCUAGCACUGUCUUAAGAUAGUAGGGCUUUGGGAAGUUUGAGCUGUGAAUGUUAUACACUAGAGCUAUUUUUUAAAGCUAUCACUUUGUUUGAGAUUUGUCCACAUCCGUGUUACUGUCUUGUUCAAGGCAACAUGGGUGAAUCAAGAAAGAAAAGUUAGCAUUCAAAUAUGUAUGUGCCAAGUAAAAUGCAGUCAGUUUUCACUAGCAAAUACUAUUUUACUUGAUUUCAUUUUAAGAGUCAAAGUGACAUUUCUUGAUGAUUUCUUUGUUAUUCUAAUAACCAUAUCAAUUAUAUUAUAACAUUCUCAAUGCCCAAAAUGUAUGAAACUAUAUAUUUUUUUCAAAUGCAAAAAUAAACUUAUCUUAACUUUUCUACCAAAUAAAUAAAUGAGCUCAAUUUAGUUUUUCUAUAUUAUCACAUAUAAAAUUUUGUUAGACACCUUAUUUAUAUAGGUUAGUUAUUUUAGUUAUUUAGCGACGCACCAUAGUAGACGCAUAUUGAACGGGACUAGUGACGUUUGGGAUAUGUUGGGUUAGAGACCGGAAAAUCAGUUAGCGAUAGAACACUCCAGGGUAACGACGUGUUUAGUGACAGAGACUUCUACUGUGGCCUUUUAUCAUAAUAAAUAUAUAUUAACUUGUUCAUCAUCGUUGACUACAUCUCUUCACCUGUUACAAUCGAUGUGCCAGUUCUUGUAUGUGUUGUUGGUCAACUACACGUAAUACACCCGAACAAUUACACCCAAACGAUUGCAGAGUAAUUGGUUGACUUCAAGACAGCCUGAACUAGCAACAUCACAGUAACUCAGACUAGAUUUAUACAUUUACUAAAUCUAUAGAUAGAAUGACAUUGAAGUGAAAUAAUUUUGUAAAUAAACUAUGAUUAUAUUGAGUAUGUAAAAUAUAUUAAUAUAUUGACACCAUUUAUAUGUUAUGAAAAGGGAGAUAAGUAAAGUUGAUGUUAAGCAUUUAAAAGUAAGUAUGGAUAUUUUUUUUGUGUGAAUCAUUUCAUAUAUCAUUGACGAAAGUUAGUUCUAUGGAAAAGGGUGAGUAUAAAAGAAAAAUGGACAAAAGCGUAUAAAAGGGUGGUAAGAAAAAAUGUAUUGAAUGUGUAAAUAAAGUCUGUAAUUGUUUUUUGAAAUAUUGUAUUUUAUCAGAUUACUGCCAGUGAAGAACAUUUGAGAUGUGUAGGACAUGCCCAUAGGAUGCCACAUUUUCCUCUAUGAUGAACUGUAUACCAAUGAAGAUGAUUCUGGAAUGUUAUGAACUGUUAUGAACAUUGACAUGAAUAUGAGGAACUGUCAAGAUGAAGAUGUCAAGAUGAAGAGAUCAAGAUUUUAUGUUUGUGGUCUUCCCCUUAAAUUGAAAAUGCCCUUGUAAGACUUGACAGUAGUGGAAAAAUAUUGACAUAUUUUUUUUUCAAGGGGGGGAGGAAUCUGUUAGACACCUUAUUUAUAUAGGUUAGUUAUUUUAGUUAUUUAGCGACGCACCAUAGUAGACGCAUAUUGAACGGGACUAGUGACGUUUGGGAUAUGUUGGGUUAGAGACCGGAAAAUCAGUUAGCGAUAGAACACUCCAGGGUAACGACGUGUUUAGUGACAGAGACUUCUACUGUGGCCUUUUAUCAUAAUAAAUAUAUAUUAACUUGUU